CCUCCCAUCGUCAACAACUGGAUUCCAGCUAUCUGUAUUUUCGACAGCUAGCAUCGCUAGCCAGCUAACGAUGGUUGCGUUCAUAAAGAAGUAACGUAACCUCGACUGACUGGGGUUUGUUUCUUUUAAUUUGAGACGGGCUCCGUUCACGGCCCGUGUCGUCUAUGCAAGCUACUGGACCAGCGGCCGCAGAGAGACUCGCUGGCGUACCGUCCUUUAGCCUUCUCCGAAACAAGAUUAGCAGCUAUCGCUAGCUGGCUCGCUGACAGCUGCCUGGGUUAUCUGCGUGCCUUUAACGACGACGUAGCAAGGAUUUAUUUGAUAAAACAAUGAGUCGUCUCUGACAUUGAGAGUUCUGAGGCCUUGUUGGUUGUCACUGAGGAGUUAUCCGAGCCCAUUUCUCGCAAGGUGGGUCUCGGUUGACUCUGCAUUGGUGCUGUUGAAGACACGCUCGUCCGUGGACGCUGGUUUGGUUUUACCAGAGCCGCCAGUAUGAUGCCGAUGAUAUUGACGGUGUACCUCAGCGAUGGGGAGCAGACUGCGGCCGAGGUCCCCAUCACACCCGAGACGACAUGCCGCGAUGUCGUCGAGUUCUGCAAAGAGCCUGGCGAGAGCGGCUGCCACCUGGCUGAGGUCUGGAGAGGCAACGAAAGAGCGAUUCCAUUUGAGCACAUGAUGUAUGAACAUCUGCAGAAGUGGGGGCCUCGAAAACAAGAAGUCAAGUUCUUUCUCCGCCAUGAAGAUUCACCCACUGAGAGCAGUGACCAAGGGAGUCAGCAGUCUCAGGAUCAAACUGGUCGCAGAAGUGGCAACGUUGGAGAGAAGCACAAUGAGAAUGGGGUGGGGAAUCAGCGUGUGGAGCUCACGCUGUCAGAGCUGCAGGAGAUGGCCACCCGGCAGCAGCAACAGAUCGAGGCUCAGCAGCAGAUGCUUGUUGCAAAGGAGCAACGUUUGCGUUACCUAAAGCAACAGGAGAGGCGGCAGCAGCAAACUGUGUCUGAGAGUGAGAAGCUGCAGAGGCUCAAGGAGCGUGUGGAGAGCCAGGAAGCGAAGCUCAAAAAGAUUCGAGCCAUGAGAGGCCAGGUGGACUACAGCAAGGUCAUCAACGGCAACUUGUCGGCAGAGAUCGAACAAGUCACCAGUUUGUUUCAAGAGAAGCAGGCUGAGUUGCAGGCGGCCGUGCUGAGGGUGGAGCAGCUCAGCCUGCAGUUGGAGGACCUGCGAAGAGGAAAGCUCAAUGGCAUACAGACCGGCCUGGGUGGCCAAGUGACCGGCGCAGCGGCCUUAGAGCUCAGAAAGCUUUACCAAGAACUUCAGAUUCGGAACAAGCUGAACCAGGAGCAGAACAGCAAACUGCAGCAGCAGAAGGAGCUUCUGAACAAACGCAACAUGGAAGUGACGCUCAUGGACAAGCGGAUCAGCGAGCUGCGGGAACGCCUCUACAAGAAAAAAGCUGAGGCACGUCAUAAAGAAAAUCUCCCUCUCAAUAGAGCCAACGGGCCUCCCUCCCCUCAACCGGCCCCCGGUACUCUGGGUCGGGUUGCUGCUGUUGGGCCCUACAUCCAGGUUCCAGUACCAAGCCGACAGGAUGGGGGCUACACCCUACCGCCUGAUCCUCUCAAGCCUCAAACACUAGGUGUGAAUAACCAAGCCAACCAGGGUCGUCCUAAAUCAGACGGUGUGCGAAAGCCUCCCGGUCCUUGGAAAGUGUCUGAUUUAGACAUCGUUGUGGACCCGGUACCCCCGUCCUUUCCAGAGUCACACCCGGGCCCCGGAGCCUCCAGUGGCUCUGACGGCACGUCCCCUAAUGACACUGGUUGGCCCACCAUAGGCAAGUCCAGCACAACUUUGAAGCCUCCUGAGAGACGAGACUCAGGGGCCGACAGUCAGGGCAAGAGCCCCACCUCAGGCUCCCCCGUCACCCCAAAUGCAGAAAAGGUGCUAGAUCCAAAACUUGCUGUGUCCUCCCCUGCCAUAACCAAGCCGCAGCCGCCGCCGUACGGAUCCCACCUCACCUCCGCAAAUACAGCCAGCUCCUUGGAGCGCCGCAAAGAUGCACCGCCCCCGCGGCCCCUUCCGAACCCUCCGGCGCCCGCGUGGCCCCGUGUGCCAUCCUCCACCGGCUCCUCCUCUCAGCAGAUCCAGCAGCGGAUCUCCGUACCGCCGAGUCCCACCUUCCAGCCCAAUGUUCCGCUCUUCCCUCCCGCACUGAGCGAGCGUCUGGAUCACCCGCCCGCCGUUGCAGUACGCCCCUUCAUCCCGGACAGAGGAACGCGGCCUCAGUCGCCCCGCAAGGGCCCACCUACCGUGAACUCAAGCUCCAUUUAUCACAUGUAUCUGCAGCAUGCUGCGCCAAAGAGCCAACCAUUGAAGCCUGCUGUUAAAGCAGUCUAUGGGAAGCCUGUUCUCUCCUCCAGCUCGACACCAGCAUCCCCCCUGCCUUACGUCCAGGCAGGCGGAGCAUUCCCGGCACUCCAAGGCCUAGCCGGCAGCGACGACUCUGUAGAUGGAGAACUUGAUGAUCCAGAGAGCUUCCAACCAUCGGCACCUCCUCCCAGUGUGGAGAAUAUUCCACGGCCACUCAGUCCCACGAAGCUUACGCCUAUGGUUCAUUCCCCUCUCCGUUACCAGAGCGACGCAGACCUGGAAGUGCUCCGUAAAAAGCUAGCCAACGCUCCAAGACCACUGAAGAAGCGGAGCUCCAUCACAGAACCAGAGGGCCCCAGCGGACCCAACAUCCAGAAACUUCUCUACCAGAGGUUUAACACUUUGGCUGGAGGCAUAGAGGGGAAUGGUGGCAGUGGAUCAGGUGGGAGUAAUGGCGGCGGUAAUGGAACGCCGUUUUAUCAGCCGGCUAUUCCACCCGGAUACCUGGGAGGCGAUUCGCUGGCUGACACAAACAACGGCAACCUCCUCCCUGAGACGCAGCUACCGCCACCAUCAGGAGGGGAGGAACCAGGCUCUGAGGCAUCCUCUACCAACGACGCCAAUGACAACGAACCCAAGGUACCAGAAGGAGCUGCGGAUCCAGGCGAGGAGGAGGAACCUGAGGACGACAACAACAACAACGUGGGAAACUCUGAGGCAUCUCUGCCCAGUCCGGUACCAGAGGUCAGCAGUCCAGAGGAGAGCGAGACCGCAGUCUCUCAACAACUGGAGAAGCGCACAAACUUGAAAAAACCCGACUCUGAGCGCACCGGUCAUGGCUUCAGAGUCAAGUUUAAUCCUUUAGCCCUGCUGCUUGAUGCGUCACUGGAGGGAGAGUUUGAUCUAGUUCAGAGGAUCAUCUAUGAGGUGGAGAAUCCUAGCACUCCCAACGAUGAGGGGAUCACACCUCUGCACAACGCAGUGUGUGCAGGACACCACCACAUCGUCAAGUUCCUGCUAGAUUUCGGCGUGAAUGUCAAUGCGGCAGACAGCGACGGAUGGACUCCUCUUCACUGCGCCGCCUCCUGCAACAGCGUUCAUCUCUGCAAACUGUUGGUGGAGUCAGGAGCCGCCAUCUUUGCAAGCACCAUUAGUGAUGUGGAGACGGCAGCAGACAAAUGUGAGGAAAUGGAGGAGGGCUACAUCCAGUGUUCCCAGUUUUUAUACGGCGUUCAGGAGAAGCUGGGUGUGAUGAACAAGGGCACGGUGUACGCUCUGUGGGACUACGAAGCCCAGAGUCAAGAUGAGCUGUCAUUCAAGGAGGGGGACGCCAUCACAAUCCUGCGGCGGCAGGAUGAAAAUGAAACGGAGUGGUGGUGGUCACGACUGGAGGACAAGGAAGGCUACGUGCCCCGCAACCUGCUAGGGCUUUGUCCUCGAAUUAAGCCUCGUCAGCGCUCCCUGGCGUAACGUUUCCCCGCUUUGAACCGGAGACGCAACAGAGGAGCCCGGUGCUCCGACUCCUCCCUGUGGCCAUAAUCUUCCCCAGCCUUGAGCGUUCACAAAAUCUUUCCCUCGUAUGCAGAGGGAUCAGAACUUUGACACACCUACUCACGUCUGCACACACAAAGACAAGCACUCCGAAGUCUGUUAACUGUCUCCAUCCUUAUUUCCUCCUUCCUUCCUCCUUCCGCCCCUCUCAUUGUUCUAACAGACGACUAUUUGAAGAUUCAAACACUACUACCCCUUCUCUGUAUUUCUUGCAGUGUUCACACUUCAGCCAUCUCCUUAAAGACGUUAUAUUGAUGACACUGGUUUACAUGAUACUGUAUAAUAGCUGGGGUUUCAUCCUUUAAGUCUGGUUUUGGUUUAAGGACAUUCUUUUUCUUGUUUUGCUCCACCUGAAUAAACGCUACUGCAGAAUAACUAACCACCAAAGAUGAAAUACAGCUAAACGUUUUAAGUCAUAUUCUCUGCAACAGCUUGAAGUAAAGCUGAAGAGGGGGAUGAUCAGUUUCUUUGCUGCUGUUAGUAAUUAUUAAUGGUUCCCAGCAGUAAAAGUCGCUUUGGAUGUUCUCACAGAGCUGAAAUUGAAAUUUUAUGGGGAAAAUGAGAAAGUAAAUCCUCAGUGUUGCUCACACAAGCUAGUUUAAUGAAUAUGGACUGACAUUUCAUGCAUUAUACAACUGAUUUCAUACACAUCAAUAAUGAUUUUCUUUUCUUUUUUUUGUUGAAAUUAAUGUGCAAAAUCUGGACACAGAAUUACUCUGGAUCUGUGGCAAGAACACUAAUAAAUUAUAAGCGAGCCUUUGAACAAUAUUUUCUUUGUAUUAUGUGAUCUCUGUGUAAAACAGAUGUUAACUUGAGCAGUUCAGUAUGUAGUCUCUGAAAUUAGCACAUCCCAAAGACAAUGCUAUGAAAGUGGGCAGCAAUCAGUAUUUUGCGUUGCCAGAAAAUGUUGUGCAUGCAACUGUAGACUGUGUGUUAAUGCAAAUAACACAAUUAAUAGCUGCAUUUGCACAGAGAAGGGAAGAAUUAGGCAUCAAAUGGCACUGAGAUCCCAUGUGGUGUCAUUUAUGUCCUCCACAAUUCAUUGGUGCCCCUGAUACAAGAUGCAUCUAAAAGCCUUAAAAUAUAUUAUUGUUACCACUCUUUACCGCAGUUAUCUUAAAGUGGGCUUUUUUUUUUUUUUUGCCAUGUCCCAUCCCACCUUACUGUAUGUGCUCACGUUAAGUUAUCAUCCAGCCUUGUUCAUUGCAGCUCAGUUUGUUUUAAGUUUAAAAUAUUUACUUUGUCAUACUGUAAAUAAGAGCAAGUUCUGGUAAGGAGUGUUAUUUAAACCUUUUUUUCUGAUUUACGGAGAUUAACACACAUCUGUAUCUAGCUUACUUGAGUGACAUGUUUGUUUUUUUUUUUUUUUUCCAUUUGGAGGAGUGGCUGAGAGAAUUUCACUUGUAAAGUCAUAUUUAUACCCCCCAAAAACAGGAUAUUUAUUUGGAGUCCUUGAUACUGAUCAGUGUAAAAAAUUAAAAACUUCUUCUGUUGCAUUUCUUUUGUUGGUAAGCAUCAAUUUUAUUUCUGUAACUCCUAUGAAAGAAAGUGCUGCGCUGCAGCAAUCAGUACAGUAUUUAAACAAAAUGCAUACGAUAGUUAAAUCUAAAUAGACUAAAACGAGGAAAACGCUGCAACAAACAGGCUGAUGGGAAUUAAAAGUGAACAUAAAGUAAGUUUGGAGGAUUGAAAACCCAGUAGAAUAAAUAUCAGGUGGCAAAACUAGUUUGGAUUUUUCUAACUUUUUAUCAGGGAUUUUGUUUAUAGAAUAAACAUUUAAGGCUUUCACAUCUCUGUCAAGGGUGCCAAUGACUGAGAGCAUCAUUUAAGCAGUAAUGGGCUUUAAAAUGAUUUUUCUUUAAAAAAUAAAAGUGCAAUAAAAACACAAAGAAAAGAGAUUGGAUUAGAAAUGUAUUGAUUAAGGCUUCCUAAUGGUUUACUAAAUAUAUUAAUGCAUCUUAAGGUGUUUUAUAGGCCAGUUUUCUCCAAGAUUAAGCCACUUUCUGAUUUCAGACUCAUCUCUACAAAACUAGCUUUAAAGGAAAAGUACAGGUAAGGUAAAUUGCUCGUUUUUUGGCUCUGAAAUUAUUUCCUACACAUGCAAAUACACAACCCAUCAGAAAGGAAUGCAGAAAAUAAACAUUGGUUAUGUACACAUAUUUUAAUUUAAACUGAGUCCAAGGAACCAGACCCUGUAGCAUUAUCUCUCACUACUAUCUUCCGAAGACCCGACUCUCACCAUUUCAAUAACAUUUAUUAAACAUUUUUUUCCCCUCAUUAGACAGCUUACGCUCUGUAUAUAUAUAUAUUUUUUUGUCUAUUUAAAUUUUUUUUUUUUUUUUUUUUGCUUUCCGCCCUGGCUGGAUUUUACAGUGUCAUCUCUGGUUUAUUUCUUAUGAUUUAACCAACUCCACUGAAAUAUCUCAGGACUGACAAAGUGCUGCAGACACGUUUCAUCUCAGCUCUGGUAUAGCAUUUAACAAAUUGCAGUCUGUUGCUCUGUGUUGCAGAUAAGUCUGGGCCGUCAUCGUAUAACUCCUGUAUCCUUUGGUUUGUGCCAUAAAUACCUUUAAAUUAGGGUGUGAAUAUUAGAAUUGAUCCUAUUUGUUUGAGCUUUACGUUGCUGAAAUAAAAUCUAAUAAAAUCUAUUUGCUCUGUU